CCGUCAGUCAGUGAACGCUCUGCGGCGUUUUCAGCUCAGUCCCUCGGUCGGUGGGGGAGAGACCGAGAACCUUCAGGGAAGGUGUGCGCUCCGGGGACGAGGUAUUUGCUGCAAUGCCAAGACAAAUCUCCAUGGUCUGAUUCAUGACAGAUUUGAUCAGUCAUGGAGCUCAACAAAGGACUCUUGGUGUGUGUUGUCUACUUGUGUGUCAUCGGACAAAAUUUGUGUGAAAAAACGAGUUCUCUCCCGGCUGAUAUUCAGGCCUCAGACAACGUUGUGUCAGAUUUUUGUCGCAUCGACGAGCCGCUAUGCAACGACGAGAACGGUGUCCUCAGCUUCGAGGCCAUCCGAAGCAUUCACAAGCAGAUGGAUGAUGACGCAAACGGCAACGUAGACGUAGUUGAGACAGACGGAUUCCUGAGGGAAGAUCUCAACUAUCACGAUCCCAAAGCCAAGCACAACAGCUUUCAUGGGGAUGACCAAUUCAUCAGCGUGGAGGAUUUGUGGAAUGCCUGGAAAGGCUCUGAAGUUUACAACUGGACAGUGGACGAGGUGGUAGAGUGGCUCAUUUCUUACGUGGAGCUGCCGAUGUAUGUUGAGGCAUUUCGCAGAAUGAAUUUCAAUGGAAGCGUCAUGCCAAGGCUCGCUAUUAAGAAUACCACUUUGACAGUCUCCAUUCUCAAGAUGCUGGAUCGGAGCCAUGCUCAGAAGCUGCAGCUCAAGGCUUUGGACACCGUGCUCUUCGGGGCACCACUAAUGAACAGACACAACCACUUAAAAGAUUUCAUGUUGGUGGUCUCAAUCGUCAUCGGUAUCGGCGGCUGCUGGUUCGCCUACAUUCAGAAACGCUACUCUACAGACCACAUGAAGAAGAUGAUGAAGGACUUGGAGGGCCUGCAGCGAGCCGAGCAGAGUCUGCAUGACCUCCAGCAGAAGCUGCAGAUCGCCCAAGAGGAGCACCGCACAGUGGAGGUGGAGAAGGUGACCCUGGAGCAGAAGCUUAGAGAUGAGAUCAACACAGCCAAACAGGAAGCCCACCGACUCAAGGAACUGCGAGAGGGCACUGAGAACGAACUGAGCCGACAGAAGUACGCAGAGGAGGAGCUGGAGCAGGUCCGCAUGGCGCUGAAAAAAGCCGAAAAGGAACUGGAGUCACGGAGUAGCUGGUCACCGCCAGAGUCCCUGCAGAAGUGGCUGCAGCUCACCCAUGAGGUGGAAGUCCAGUACUACAACAUCAAGAAGCAGAACGCCGAACGGCAGCUGCUGGUGGCAAAAGAAGGGGCGGAGAAGAUAAAGAAAAAGAGGAACACACUGUUUGGUACUUUCCAUGUCGCUCACAGCUCCUCCCUUGAUGAUGUGGACCACAAGAUUCUGGCAGCAAAGCAAGCCCUGGGUGAGGUGACAGCUGCGCUGCGCGAGCGGCUGCAUCGCUGGCAGCAGAUCGAGAUCCUCACUGGCUUCACCAUCGUCAACAACCCGGGCCUUCCCUCGCUGGCCUCCUCCCUCAACCUGGACCCCAGCUUCAUGGGCGGCAGGGCCACGCCGCAGCACUUCAUCAUGACCGACGACAUGGACGACCUGGACGAGGAUAUUCUCCCCGGAACUCUGCAAUAUUGCACCCGACUGUUGGAGCGGCGAUCCAGCGACCUGUGGUCCGUGGGGUCAGACGGUCAGCCCGUGUGGAAAUAUCCCGCUGCCAGUAUGAUGACACUCCGCCAGCGCUACAUGGACCCCCAGCUGGCCAUGGGCUCCCAGAGGUUGGUAGAGAGCUGCCUGUCGUUGAGUCAGCAGGGAGAGGGGACUUCACACCCGUCCCGGGCUCGGGUUCCUUUCAGGCAGACGCGUAGCCAGUCUUUCGGUCAGCUGGACAAUCUCCCCCUGCCUCCUCUUUCCUCUGCCGUCUCCCACCCCUCCAUCAUCUGCACCUCCAACCCGCCUCCUCAGUCGCUCUCAUCCUCGGUGUCCUGCCUCCCCAGCUCUGUGGGGGGCGCUCAUUCCUCCCAUAUAUAUCACCCUUCUUUCCAGCCCAUGGACCCCAUUCCUGAUUUGACAUACUCGGACGUCUCCAAAGCCUCAUGCUGCGACACUGAGGGGGACCUGAAUCGCUCAGAUUCCGACUCCUCCCUCUCCCUCUCUCAAGUGGGAGAUCGUCUGUCUGCGUUCAGCUCCAAGGGUCACUUAAUAAAGCCCACCUCUCUCUUGCACGGCAUGUCAGGCCGCGCCGAGGAUUCCAUCUCGCUGCACGCGUUCACUCCCAACGGAGGGAAUCGCGUCUACGACUUGGGCCCCACCGAGGCCUCCAGCCCCGACAGCCCGUUACUCAUGAAGCGGGUGCACGGCAUGGAGAAGUCGCCCAGCCUGGGUGAGAUCAACAGCCUGUCCGAGUCCUCCCGGUCCUUCAGCCCAAACUCCACCGAACCAGAAACGCCAUCGCCGACGGGAGCGGCGGGAGCGAAGGGAAGCAGCCGCAUCCCGCAGCUAUCCUCCAAGAAGAGCCCGCUGGAGGAGGACAGCGGCUCCACGGGGGAAGACACAGAUUCCACAGCCAGCCGCAAGAAACACACCUUCAAGAUCUUCAAGAAGCAGAGGAAAUAAGUGCUACUGGACUCACGACUGUCUGACUCAGUUCCUUCCUCUGUGGGGAAUAAGGCUUUCGGAGAAUCGUCCAAUCAUUCUGUAGGUACGCCACCUACUGGGACGUGGGAGCAACCAGCUGUCGAGUUUCACCUGUCCAUGUCGAGUGGGGGGAUGGGGUCGGUUUGUAUAUCGGAAUGUAAACUAUUAUUUAUUCUGCAGGACAUUGUGCCAAUCCCAAAGGGAACCGCGUCGCCCCGUGUUUCUUUCUUCUUCUUCUUCUUCUUUCAACCCCUUUUCCCCCUCCUCUUGCAUGUCUUCACUUUGGUUUGACUGAUACUCGAAUGCUCUAAGUGUUUGCUCGGUUCUUGUUGUUAACCUGCUUUGGGAACAUCUGAUGUUUCGUUCUGACUACCUAAACACAAACAAGGCUUCGACUCCCACAAUGAAAACGCACACUCUUCCCUCCUCUUCUUCUCCCUCUGUUUUAUUUCUCCUCUGUACAUCUUUUGAUCAUGAAAGUGGGCCUUUUAUUUAUGUAGACACCUCAUGUGACGACCUGCAAGUCACGCAGGUAAAAAGAAAUCAUGCCUGUCAGCUUUAAUCAUUUAGUCUGUCAUGUGUUGAAGUAAUAGAAAAUGACCAUAAGGUUUUUGUCAGUACUCUUCGCUGACCAUACCAAAAAUCUAUGUAUGUAUAAUCAUGUGCUGUAUAAUUUCAACCCAAGAAUAGCCAAUAUUUUGUUUGCUUGCUGGCUUCCUUACAUAAUCCCCCCCUUAAUCAAAUAUUAUCAUCCUGAAGUUCCACUGUUUAUUCUCUUUCAAUUCUAUUCAGAUUUUAUAUUCUCAUUUUAGUGGUUUAAGUGAGAACAGUUGCUGGAAAGGGCUAUUAGUACAAGUUAACUUUUGUGGAUCCAUUCAUAAACUCGGUUUCUGGACGACCAAAAAUCAGAAGUGCCAAACGCGUUUGAAGCCUUUUUGUCUCAUGAAUGUUCAGUGAUAUUGUUUUCGGUCAACCGUCACCCACACAGCCUGUUUACAUGUGUUGCUUAUGAGUAUUACUAUCGAGGCAAAAGCCAGAUUCAAUGUCGCUGACUUCACACGAGCACACAACUAUGCAGAAGUAGGUAUAGGUUCCUCGUCUCGCUCACGGACAACCAAAAAUGUGCGACAGAAGACGAUGUCAGCUCCCAUACGCCGCGUUAUGGGGCCAUGUGGUCAAAAUAUUGUUUGUUAUUAACGCGGCGGUUCAUUGUUACACUCGGAACUACUGUUGCUUGUUGCUACACGGACUGUUGACGUGAAUGCACGCGAGUUACCAGGCGGCAAAGAACAGCUGAUCGGUUACGGUUUCAUGAUCGUGACCCAGUCCUGGUUCGAAUGAAAUGAAGGUUCGGUCUUUACAGUACCACGUUGCGAUUUUACGUGCUGGUUGUAUUUGUCGAGCAAGUAUGGGUCAGCUAAAUCGGUUGCUAACCGUUAGCAUCGCUGUCUACGGACUUCCGUCUACGUCAUUGGGAGCGCGUUGAAUGGAUUUAUUUUAUUGUUUUCAACUAAAAUAUGGUAAAUGUAUUUUCAUCGCAUGGCCCUGUCGUAGCCAACAGGCACCACGUUUAGGUGUGAAAGACGUUUUUGAAUAUUCCAAAAUAUUUCUUACCGGUACUUUUUAAAAAGAGUCAUUUGUACCUUUUGCACGACGGUUUGCUGUAAGUGGACUCUGCCAUCGGACCGUGUGGGCGUGUCUCAGUCUGUCCGCUCCCACGACAGUGCACUGCUGUUGAUGCAUGUCAACAAACCGACGCCGCUUCCUCCUCAGUUCCUCCCUGUGUUUCUAGCUUCUGUUGAUGAAUACUUGGCGUAUAUUUGUACAGAUGGAAAAAAAACACACACGAUACUUUUGCAUCUUUCUGUGGUGGAUCUAAACUUUUAUGGCACUCCUGCAUGAUAGCAAUAAACUAUUUUAAAU